UAGUAGUACUACUGUAGGCCUGUGUAUUACAGCUAUACCCACUAGAGUGUUAGAAGUGUCUACGCCAAUGAUAGCCCUCCUAUAGUAGGGCAGUAUUACUACAGAGCAACUGGCUCAUUCAUACUGGCUGCCUGUUAUAGUGCUAAAGGUAUACCCCAGAGCUUACUAUACCUACCAGGACUGUAGGACAGGCAACAAGUGUGUGGUAUUACAGUGUAUAUAGAAGGCAUUUACUACACCUAACUAUACAGCAUACAGAGCUACGGAAAAAAAGUGCAAAUAUUCUUGAGGAUAUUUUUUAUAACAUUUGUUCAAAAAUAAUACAGGAUUUACUAAAAAAGAAAUAAUUUCUUUAUUAUCAAACUUACGUUGAUAUAAUGAAGGUGUGAAAAAAAUUACUUUCUACAUAAAUUUCACUUCUUUUUUGUCUCAACAUUUCUUCACAAUUCGUUGAUGGAAAUGGUGUUGAUCAUUUUCUCUGUGGAUUAUAAGACUUUAUAAUGGAUUGUGUUUUGGGAUGUAAAAAAGAUACUGUACCAGUCAGUUGUACACCUGUAAAUAGAUUGCCAUAAUCUUACAAGUUUUCUACAGAAACCGUGGAAUUUAUCUCAACAACUUACAGCUUUAUAGUAAAAGGUGUGGUAACAUUUCGGAGAAAUGAUGGAAGACGGUACGAGAAUAAACAUGGGAUUCUGUGGUCGAUGCUAUCUCCUCACAUGGUCAGCAGUAUUUCUUAGUCUUCUGGCCACUGUCCAGCCACUGCAGUCAUGGAGAAAAGAUUCAGGAUGUUCAGAUGGUUCAUUUGGAUAUAUUUUUGGCCACAAUGACAUGGCCACGUGUCGUGGACAGUGGCAGGGCCACAUCAGAAACAGUAGCGAGUUGUGUGCCCCAGGUUGGGGUGUGUGUUCAUGGCAGGAUGCAGGACGUCUACGCGGUGUUCGAUGGGAAGAGGCUGUGUCAGUGCACGGCUGCUUCGCCUAUAAUGCUGCCAACGAUGGCGGAAGAUGUCGUGAAUGUGACAAUGACAUGGAAAGUGACGACUUAGCUGGAAUUGGAGUGGGCUGCCCUCACCAAAACUUUGGUCAGACAUCGUGCAUCUCCGGAGGUCGGAUUGAUGCGAGUUGUUGCGUUGAUGCCCACUUCAACACUGCAUGUCACUAUCGUCCUACCAUGUCUGGAGUAUUGUGUUGUCGCAAGCCAAGUGAGUUCAAAGCAGUGGAGAAACCAAGGAUCCUUGUUCGACCACGGCCGGUGAUGCAAGUGACCACUGGUCAGAUCUUCUUGUUGACCUGCCAGGCCCGUGGAACCCCGCCCCCUCGCACCCAAUGGUACAAGGAUGGGACACAGAUCACUAAGGGCAGCAAACGCAUCCAGCUUCUCACCUCAGGUGACCUUCUGGUAACCAUGGCGAGAAGGUCGGACUCUGGCCUGUACAGUUGUGAGGUCAUCAACAGUGAGGGAAUUGAUAUGGCCAGCUCUAUAGUGGUCAUUCGAGAGCACCUGUCGGGCUGUCGCGAUGGUUCCACGGAAGGAUUACAAACCCACGAGUAUGUUCAUGCCUGUGCUGGAAAGUGGGCGGGGCAUGUCAGGAAAGGCCGGAGUCUAUGUAGGAAAGGCUGGAAAGUGUGUAGUCCAACUGACUCGGAGAUUCUCCGGGACCUGUCUUGGAUGGACGUAUUUGAUGUUAACGGGUGUUACGCUUACAAUGCUGCCAGUCGUCAAGGCACCUGCCGCAGAUGUAAAAAGGGAAACAUGGCAGGGUUCGGGAGGAAAUGCGGAAAACUACGAUACUCUAAACAAUCGUGCUUAUCUCAAGGUCGAAUAGAUGUGUUCAAGGUGAAAGACAAGACCAAGGGAUGCUCCUAUAGAGAGGGAGUCACAUCGGGGGUCCUCUGCUGUAAAAAGUCAGCCAGCCAAUCACCAGCACAGAAGCCGUUACCAUCGGCGACCUGUACUCCAACAUGUGUCAACAGCGGUAAAUGUGUUGGUCACAACACAUGUCGGUGUCCACAGGGAUACAAAGGCGCCAUGUGUCAGAAUCCUGUUUGCAGUAAGAGUUGUGGAGCACGAGCAGUGUGCAUCAAGCCAGAGAAGUGUCAAUGUAUGCCAGGGUUCACAGGCAAGGGAUGUCGGCGCAAGCUUAAACACAUCUGUAAAACUCCCUGUCUAAACGGUGGUCGCUGUCGUAAAGGAAAGUGCAAAUGUGGGCCAACACACCACGGAAGAUCAUGUCAACAUUUAUUGGAAAGUUUGAAGUUAUCACAUCUAAACCGAACGGAGCGAUGAGAUCUGCUUUCCUGUGACCAUUUGUGAUAAAUCGCUCAAAUCGCUGCCAAAGGACACAACCCACCAUCGUGAUGACAUGUCCGUACUUGUAUUCUUGACUCUUUGUGGUUGGUGUUGUACACCGCAGUCAACUAUUAUGAAUCUCUAAAAUGGACAGUGUAUCAUGACAUUGAAGAUGUGAUCGUUAUGACAUAAACACACAGUGAUAUGACAUGGGACGUCGUGGAUUCAUAAACGUCAUGGAUCCAUAAACAAGUAAAUGUUGAUAAGAUGUACUCCACCGUUCAUGUGCAGAAACAGAAAAUAGCUGGAUUUUUUGUUGAUAUGAAAAACAAUGUUAACAAAUACCUGUAAUGCUAAAAACACUUUUUCAUGAGUGUGAAAAUUCAACAGUUGUGAUUUUCUGUUAAACCCGAAGAAGAUUACCUACAAUGUUUGGUGAUCUCUGCCUAUCAAAGAAAUCCAAAGAGCUGACAGGAAGCUUUAAGCCAUGACAUGUAAAUGGAAAAUGAUAAUAAUGGCAGAAACUGUGGAAAACUACAGAGACCUUCGUUGUGAGAAAUAAACUGGCCUGUGGUUGCCACGGAAACCUGCUUUGUGAGAAAGUAAAGUGGCCUCUGGUUGCCACGGAUACCUGCUUUGCGAGAAAGUAAAGUGGCCUCUGGUUGCCACGGAUACCUGCUUUGCGAGAAAGUAAAGUGAUCUCUGGUGGCCAUGUUACCUGUGGCUCAGAACUUCUAACCAAGUACUUUGUCUCCAUGUGUAACCUCCAUUAAUGGUAGAUCUGCCGUGCUGUAGGGUAUAGAGUGGUAUAGCCACGGACUGAAGUGGUACCUGUCUGUGACAGUACCUAUCAGAUAUAGUGUUCAUAAGAGAUAUUCAAAGACAAUAUAUGAAGGGCUGUGUGUAAAUAUAGCAGUGUUCUUAGUCUGUAAAAAGCUUGUAAAUAAUCUUUUAUUUAUAUACAUCUACAAACAAGUCCCAUAACUCUUGUCAGUCAAGGGAGAACAAACUUCCUGAAUUUCACCAUAAAUUUUGUUUCAGUACAUAGAAUUAUUUUUAUUUUAUAUACAUGUACAAUGUACUGUGUAUCUUUAAAUGUGUAGACUUAAAGAAUGUCUAAAACUUACUAGUGUUUGAGGUUAAAUAUGAUGAAACUAUGUUGUUGUCCUUUGAAAUAUUGCUAGGGAACAAAAGAGUGUGGUGAUGUGAGGCUAUGACAAGUAAUAAUAUAUGUAUCAGUCUUUAAAUGUUGUAUGUGUAUUGUAUGCAGACAAAUGAUUAUUGUGUAAUUAUAACGAUAUUUAUGUGUAUAUACUGUAUCUGGUUGUGAGGUAAUGAUUGAUGUAGACCAUUCUCUCAAGUGUUAGGUUACAGGUGACACUUUAAGAAAACAGGUAUGGAAGCAGUUCAAUUAUGUCUUAUUUUUUGAUAUUUGAAAUUUUGUGGGAGAAAAUGAUGUUUGUGUUUUUCUAAAUCUAACUUUUUAUGAAUCCAAAAUGAAAAUAUUUUUUUUUAUCCAUAUGAAAUGAACAUAUAUUCUUCUGCUACAUUGAACAAACUCCAGGGACAAAAUUUGAGAAACAGGAAUACAUGUGUAAUUGCAAUCAUAAUCACAUCGUAACCAUAGGAACAACAUGGCGGGAAUGUCUGAAGAAUAUCUAGAAAAUCCUGUACCAUCCUUAUUACAUUCUUAUGCAAUAAGCAUCAAUGUUGAAAUACUAGGAAUUGGGAAAACUGCUUCAUUUGUAAUCCAGGGCAUAUUUUCAAAUGUUCAUAUGCAAAUUAUGAAGGAAAUUUUCAUUUUAUAUUUUGAAAUAUUUGUUGUAUAUUUUGAAAUUUCUAACUGUUAAUUAUGAAAUUUUAUUUUGAAAUAUUUAUGUAUAUUUUGAAAUUUCCAUUGCAUGUUUAUAGAUAAACUAUAGCUGAACAUGUAUAUUCUGAGUUUGUAGGUAAAGUAGAAAUCUCAUUUCCUAAUACAGAAAAAAAUGUAGUUAGAAUCAUUAUUUCUGUGAAUUCAAAAAUUUUAACUGUACAUGUAUUUGGAGCCUAUAUUAACACAAAUUAAAAUGAACACUACCCCGUGUAAUGUUUAUGAUGCAACAAAAAGACUGAUACUACAAACACAUAUAUGUAUAGGCAAUGUAAUAUAUUUUUCCAGAGAGGGAAGGGUGGGGGAGUGGUGUCCAAAAUUAAUUAGGUAAUAUUCAAUUCAACAAUACAUACAUCACCAUUCAAUUUUUCAGUUUAGACAGAUACAUCGAUAUAAAUCUACCUCAUGUUAUAUACAAAGUUUAUUUGUAUAUUUUUUAGAAUUUUGCGCAAUGUUUAUUGCGUGAGUUAUAUGUAGGUGAUAUGGUAGUUGAAGUGUAAACCAGAAUGUUCUCUAAUGCUCCCUAUCAUGUGUAUGCUUCAAACUGCCAGUAAAAUUAGAAAUCACAGCAUUAAACAUAUAGUCACAACUUUAGUGUCCAUGCUAACCAUGUAUGUAUUUUCUGUCAUUGUUCCAUAUUGAUUUUGUAAAGAAAGGUAGCUUUUUUUCUUAAAAUCUGUAAUAUUGUGUCAAAAUAUUAAGUCUCUGCAAAAAUAUAUAAGGGAAACCAAAAAGUUAAUUUUCACAUUGUUUAGACCAUAAACAUGAAAAACAAAACACUGAAUGUUAUUCAUAAACAUUUUUUCUGCUUAUUUAAAAAGUCAUUUUCAAAAUUAAAUACAUUGUUUGCUUACCUGGGAAUUUGUGACUUUGAGGUAGGGGGAAAAUUGCUAGACAUGGAAUAUAAGAUGUCAUACUUAGGGAAGGGUAGAUAUUGUCAGUCUGGGGAUUUGGGAUGACGUCAUAAUUAGGGAAGGGUAGAUAUUGUCAGUCUGGGGAUUUGGGAUGACGUCAUAAUUAGGGAAGAGUAGAUAUUGUCAGUCUGGGGAUUUGGGAUGACGUCAUACUUUGGGAAGGGUAAAUAUUGUCAAGCUGAGGAUUUGGGAUAAAGUCACACUUUACAGAAGUGUAGAUAUUGUUUUUGUUUAAGUUGAUUUUGAUUAAGCACCACAUUGUUGAGUCAUGUCAUAUGUUAAGUUUCCUUCUUUAUUGUUAUAUUUGUAAAUGUCAUCGGUUAUUUACGAAAUCAUCACCUGUUAUCGCUACAAUACAGAAUAUCAUCAUAAUCUCUGUUAUCAUUGAUAACGGAAUAUUAUUGUCAUUGGUAUAUGAAAUGUCAUCACUUAUCGAUUUUCAUCAAUGACGUCAUAUUAAAAUAACCUGUUAUCAAGGAUACCAGUGAUGUAUGCUGUCAGUGAUACAUUCAUUUGUUACAAUUGAUGACAUUUUAAAUGAAAGUGCAAAUGAAGCGAAUGCCAGUGAUAUCAAAUAAUAAAGAACACGUGUAAAAAUGA